CAUAGUUUUAAUUUGUUGCUUGGGUAUAUGGCUUCACUCCCUGUGUUUCGUUUCCUCUUGUUUCUUCACUCCGUACUUGUUCUCUUCGCUGGGUAUGGAAAUGGGAAGCAUCGUGAGAAGUGUUCUCCAUCCUUUCAGUGUGGAGAUCUUGGGAUCCUUCGCUUCCCUUUCACCAAGGAUGAAUUGCCACACUGUGGCUUCUUCGCCAUACAUGGCUGUGACGACCAUGAUCCAUCUUCGGAUAAAACGAUUCAACUGCAGAAGAAUGGAAAACCAUUGCUGCUUAAAGAGGUCGUCCCUCGUCAGCAGCAUCAUAACAUCAAAGUUACUGUCCAAGAUCAACCUGAGCGUUUCAAAUCUCGAACCUGUGAAGUUUUCGACCAUGAUGAUGCAGAUCUAAUUCCUCUGAAUUCUCCUAUGCCUUCAUCUCAAAUCAAAUCCAAUUUCACAUGCAACCUAGAGCACCACAUGAUGCGUCCCCAUGCCUGUCCUGGCUAUCAUGACUAUUGUGACCAGUUACGUGGUGCUCCUCCUCCUCCUAACUUGGCACGGAGCUCUCUCCCAGCAUGGUCCACUCUUCGGCUUCCUUGCAAAGACGUGUCCUAUACCAAAGACCUUUGGUUCUCAUGUGGUGAAAUAGUUAUUGAAGUAGAAUUACCAGUUGAUGAUGACUGUGACAAGUGCAACCAGAUCGGAGGACAAUGUCUAGUUGACGACAACUACUAUUGCGAUACAGCAGAGAAGGACCACGGGCUGCUGAAGUUGGGGUUUGGACUUGGGCUUGGAGGUAAUGUUAUAAUUUACACUAUAAAAGCUUUUUAAUGAUUCCGUCUGCUGCUACGCCAAAUUCAA